AGGGACACGGAGCUCUGUAGGCAGGGCCAAAUCGGUUUCCGGAAAGAGAGCAGUAGCUGGAGGGGAAAGGGAAAUUUAAUUUUAUUUGUUUUUCUUUCCCUGCGAGGGCCGGGCGGAGGGGUGGUUUCCCGCCCAGCGGCCGCCCUGCUGAGGGGAGGGAGAUGGCGGGCGGAUUCCCCCUUUGGGCUCUCCCCUUCGGGUCCUUCCCUCGGCUUUUCCCGUGCAAAGAGGGAAAUUUGGCGCUUUGUCGCAAACCACAAGCGGUGCUCGAAGCUUUCUCAGCCGGGGCGGUGAGCAGAGGGAAAGCUCAGCGGGUUCGGCCUCUCCCUUUCGGCUCCGUGUGCUUGUUUUACUUCUUUUCUCCUCCUCCUCCUCUGAAGGCAGGUCUGUGAAACCUUCUCUCGCAGGUUUCACAGCAGGUUUCAAAAUGCUGUGGUUUUGUUCAUUUUUUUGCAUCGCUUGAAAAGCAUUCACCUGCAGACCACUUCUAAAUAAACGCUAAUGUCUGUGUAUCUCCAGUUACUGUGUGAAGAAAGAUACCGUGCUUGCCUAUCCGCCCUAUGAACAAACAGGAUGCUCACCAGAACUCCAAGUGUUGUUGCCCAAGUGUUCCUUCUUCUAAGCAUAAUUCUUGUCAUUGCUAUUGCAGUGAUUCAGAUAAAUCAGCAAAAGAUCCUCUCCCCAGGGCUUAAGUACGGAAUAGUUCUUGAUGCUGGAUCCUCACGGACUACAGUCUAUGUCUAUGAAUGGCCAGCAGAAAAAGAAAACAACACGGGAGUAGUGAGCCAAACCUUCAAGUGCAGUGUGAAAGGCCCUGGUAUAUCCAGCUAUGAGAAUAACCCAGGAGCCCUUGCCAAACCCCUUGAUGACUGUCUGAAUAAAGUCAAGCAGAGAAUCCCAGUUCAUCUACAUAAAAACACUUCUGUUUAUCUGGGGGCUACGGCUGGCAUGAGACUGCUGAGGUUGCAAAAUGAAACAGCAGCCAACGAAGUCCUUGCAAGCAUUCAGAACUACUUCAGAGCACAACCUUUUGAAUUUAGGGGUGCGCAAAUCAUAACUGGAACAGAGGAAGGGGUGUAUGGAUGGAUAACAGCCAACUAUUUAAUGGGCAAUUUCUUAGAGAGAAACCUUUGGAGGACAUGGGUUCAUCCAUACAGAAAAGAGACGAUGGGUGCCCUGGAUCUUGGAGGAGCUUCCACUCAAAUUUCGUUUAUCCCGGAGGUCUCUCAGGAGAACUUCAAUAGCACCUUGCAAGUGAAGUUAUACGGUUACAACUACAAUGUCUACACUCACAGUUUCCAGUGCUAUGGGAGAGAUGAAGCUGAGAAAAGGCUUUUAGCAUUGUUGCUCCAGAAAUCAAGCACCAGCUCCACCGUGGAUAAUCCAUGUUACCCUCGGAAUUACGAGACUGCGUUAACAGUGAAGUACUUCUGCGGCAGCCUCUGCACACAGUGUCUGAGACCAGCAAAUUAUUACCCAAACCAGUCCGUGAGCUUCCAUGGAACAGGAGACCCAGGUCUGUGCCAGGAGAUGGUUUCAUUAUUGUUCAACUUCACCGCUUGCAGGAACCGAGAAGACUGUCCAUUUGAUAGAAUCUAUCAGCCAAAAGUUAAAGGGAAUUUUGUGGCUUUCUCAGGAUUCUACUAUACAAUUAAUGCUUUGAAUUUAUCUGACCAUUUUUCUCUAGCUGACUUCAAUACAAGUAUGUGGUUUUUCUGUUCACAAAACUGGACCCAGCUCCAGUUUAUGCUUCCUAAAUUUGAAGAAACAUAUGCUAGAUCCUACUGUUUUUCAGCCAAUUUCAUUUAUUACUUGCUUGUACAUGGCUACAACUUUGAUGAAGGAAAUUGGCCACAGAUACAUUUUCAAAAGGAGGUUGGUAACAGCAGCAUAACCUGGUCACUUGGUUACAUGCUAAGCCUCACAAACAUGAUUCCAGCAGAAAGCAAGAUGAUCCAGUUACCUCUGAAACCUCCUUUGUUUGCUGGCCUCCUCAUCAUCCUCACAGCUACGGCAUUGUUGUGUCUUCUCUUCCUUGUUUACGUGUGUAUCGUGUCACGUAAUCGGAAGGACAUCAGUCAUGUGGAAUAUGUAUUUACUCCAGAAUGAAUGAACUUUACUAAAGACUGAAAGAAGAAUCUUUCACGCUAUGAAGUUCUGUAGGACUUUAUUGUUGAAAAACAUAGGGAGAGAUUAAGACAGGCAACAAGUCCUGAAAAGACCAGAAGCAUAAAUAAAGGAGACAAAAGGCACUCAGGGAUCUGUGAUAUGGUGAACUGGAGUGCAGUUCAGAAAUAUUUUGGCAGUUGUUUCUGUAAAACUAGUUUGUCCAGUGCGAGGCUGAUAAAGCAUGGGCAGCUAUGCCACUUUGCUUGUUAAGGUUUAAAUAGCCUCUUCUUGUCAGGUAUGUAUGAAUUUUUGUCCAUUAACUCUGUGCUAACCAGUAAAAUCAGAUGGGGAUAAAUUUGAUCAAUGAUGGCAGUUGUUUAAGAUAAAAUUGAAGAGUGAGUCAGUAAAAAUUGUGGGAGAAGAGAACAUGGUGCCUGUUCUUGUGUAGUGCUGACACAAAUCCCCUGAACAGUCCAGUUUCUGAAACUGGAACAAACGCUGGGUAAUCACACAGACUGAGGGGAACAGCACAGCUGGGAUAGAAUUGUUUUUAUUGCUAUUCCAAACUGAUUGAGCCCUGCCACAUAAAGUUGUAAUAAAUUGCCAACAUCCCUCAGGACUGUCAAGCCCAUGUUAAAGCUGAGCUAUAUUUUUGGUACUACAGAGAUAUCAGGAUGCCUCUGUUACAGCACUUAAGAUUUGCUUUGAAGGUGUAACAAAAUCUUUUCAGAUUUUCCAGUAACAGAACCUAAUUUAAAUGUAUCACAGUUACCUCCAGAAACCUGUAGUGUUUUUAGUGUCUUUUUUCUCUAAUACCCUCAACAGAAACAUUUCUUGUAGUUCCUCCUACUGGCUUGUAUUUCCCGUGUUCUGUGAUCUCAGUUGCAGUCUGUACCAGCUUGUCAUGUACAUAUCAAAAUUGUCUGCCUUGGAUCUCCUGAAGCAUUAGCAUGAGUACGCCAAAAUUUAAGCCCUUCAUUCCCAGCCAAGAGGAUUAGGAGCCAAGCUGUAGGCCAGCAGAACUCCCUUUGUGUAGCGGGUUCAGGAACAUGUAGCUGCAGUCACAGCUGCUGCCCUCAGCUCUAGUGCCUUCACCAGCCUUUCCAUGGCGUUUCCAUUACAAUUUUGCCUGCUGCUCCAGGAGUCCUUCAUGGGCAGUGCUCCUUUCCUCUCUCUGUCUUUUGUGUAGCUUUGGCAUUCCUCAGCUGGCUUCUGAUCAAACCCUCAGAAAAGACUCCUGUGUCAUCUGCCAUCUCUUCCAUUUGCUCAGUGUUUUUAUUGAUUCCUCUUAACACUGCCUUGACGUGAUCUGUGAAGCUGUGAGGGGAACAUUUCUGAAGGGCUUUGGAGCUGGCAGGAGGAAGGGAUUGUUGUACUGUUCAGGACCUGCAAAAAGAGAAAAAGCAUCUCCACUUCUCUUCUGUCCUUCUACAGUCUCCUUUUGCCCAGGUUCACUACCUACACGGAGCUGUGUUCACCCACCAUAUUCCCCCAAAUAUCCUACAAACAGUCGCUGCCAAACAUUUUUAUACAUUCCUCCUUUUCCAGCCUCUCCAGGAUUGCUUCCCUCUUCAUCUUUUCUUCUCUGAAGGUACGGCUACCCGUUUCUUGCACUGAAAUUUUCAGCAUGAAAAAGUGUAAACUAAAAGGGAGGUUGCCGUAUUCAACAUCUACCAGUUACUGGCUAAAGCCCACGAGUCUUUAUGGGUUGCAGCUUCCACGCAGAUGUUUUGCAUGUAAGAAAUCUUAUGUGCUGAUGCGUACGCUCAAAAUUCAAAUAAACAUUGAAUUAUGAAUUCCGGUGGCAUAUUGGGUGUUUUCUAUCCCAACUUCAGCUAUUCCCCGUAUUGAUUUGGUUGUGAGAUGCUCAGAAGUCAGCCUCCUUAGACUUGCUGGGUUGGCAGCUAGUGAACAAGAACAUUUAUUAAAAAAUCAUUUGGACUUCCUUGGAUAGAGCCAAUGUCUGCUGGAAAAAUCUCUCUCCUCCACGAACCACCUUCUGUUUGCCUUCUUCACCAGUGCUCCCUUCUCCCCCGUAUAUGCCUUUACUGUAUCAGUAUGAUAGCCACCUGAAUGAGAACUCAGCCUUAUGUCUCCUACCAGUUUUAGCUGGGAAAGCUGAAACUGUUGAACUUCAGCCAACCAGCUGCACCGCCGUAGCUUGCAGCUUCUUCUCAGCCAGCACCAUGAUCACCUUUCAGUGUCACAGUAAAAAACCAUGGCUGACACACGGCCAGCUUGGCUGUCGUUGGCUGUGGUGGUUACGUCUGGAGGAGCGGUGGAGCAGUGGGGCUGGUAACCCCACCUAAAUCUGCCCCGAGCAUGAGUCAGAACCUGAUCAGCGGGUGUAACACCCUGUCACCUGGAAAUGAACAGGUCCCAUGGAGAGCCAGCGAAGUGAACAGCGUUUGGAAGUGUGUACAAACUACAGCUUGUGUAUCUUUUGUACUCUUGACUGCUUGCUUACAAAGAUUAAUAAAAUUAAAUGGUGAAAAGCU